AUGAAAACGAUAUUGAAAAUAACAAAAUCCGAGAAUCAAAACGCACUUUUCAAAAAUCCCAUAUCUCCUCCACAUCCCCCACAAACCCGAACCCCUAGUCUCAAAAUUAAGGUUCAACCCCAGAUACCCCAUUUUUUUCAUGCUGGCCCUUAUAUUAACCGUGGCUGCCCUUUUUUAAGUCCCCUUCUCCACUAUCACCUUGUCGAAAUCCCAACCACAAUGACAGCUGGACUAGUUGCUGCCGCCGCCAUUGGAGCCGCCUACCUGGAGGCCAAGACGCUCAUCUCCGAAGAUGCCUACAUGAUCCGAGGCGCCAUGACCAACGGUCUGGAUUUUUUCUACAACGCCUGGAAGGGCCGAGUGCAAUACUGGUACGCGUUUGAAGACGCGGUGAAGAAGUACCCCAACAACCCGGCAAUCGUCUACCCCAAGCCCAUCGAGGGCAAGAAGCCCAGCGGCGACUCGUACGACGACCUGUUUGACGUGGAGACCUUCACCUACCAGCAGCUGUACGAUGAGGUGCUGAAAAUGUCACACCUGCUGCGAAACAAGUACGGAGUGACCGCCAACGACACCAUUGCCCUCAACGCCAUGAACUCGCCCCUGUUCAUUAUCGUGUGGUUCGCCAUCUGGAACCUGGGCGCCACCCCGGCCUUCAUUAACUACAACCUGGCCGACAAGUCGCUGCUGCACUGCCUCAAGGUCGGACAUGCCUCCAUCAUGUUCGUCGACACCGAGGUCGAGGGCAACGUGCGACCUUCGCUGGCCGAGAUCAAGUCCGAGGCCAAGUGCGACACCGUGUUCAUGGACGACGACUUCCUCGCUGCCUACGCCGCCUCCCCGGCCUACAGAGCCCCCGACUACGAGCGACAUCCCGAGCAGAAGGACUAUGACACUGCCGUGCUCAUCUACACGUCCGGAACCACCGGUCUGCCCAAGCCCGCCAUCAUGUCGUGGAAGAAGGCCAAGCUCAUGUCGUCGCUCUACGGCCACUCCAUCCGGCUCAAGAACAACGGUGUCGUCUACUCCGCCAUGCCUCUCUACCACUCCACCGCCGCCAUUCUCGGCUGUCUGCCCUGCCUCAACCGAGGAGCCGCUUACGCCCCCGGCCGAAAGUUCUCUACCACCACCUUCUGGACCCAGGCCAAGCUCACCAACGCCACUCACAUCCAGUACGUCGGAGAGACCUGCCGAUACCUGAUCAACGCCCCUCCCUCUCCCGACGAGAAGAGUCACCAGAUCAAGGUGGCGUUCGGCAACGGAAUGCGACGAGAUAUUUGGGUCAAGUUCAAGGAACGAUUCAACAUCCCCGCCAUCGGCGAGUUUUACGCCGCCACCGAGGGUCCUCUCGGAACCAACAACUUCCAGCAGGGUGAGAUUGGUAUCGGUGCCAUGGGCCGAUACGGUAAGCUUCUGGCUGCCAUCCUGGCCACCCGACAGACCAUCGUUCCUGUGGAUCCCGAAGACGAGACUGAGCUGUGGCGAGACCCCGAGACCGGCUUCUGCCGAGUCGCCCAGUCCGACGAGCCCGGUGAGUUCAUCCAGAAGAUCCCCAACCCCGAGAAGGUGCACGAGACCUUCCAGGGAUACCUUGGUAACGAUAAGGCCACCAACUCCAAGAUUAUGCGAGACGUGUUCAAGAAGGGCGAUGCCUACUACCGAACCGGUGAUCUGGUGCGACUCAACGACGAGCAGUGCUACUACUUUGUCGACCGUCUUGGAGACACCUUCCGAUGGAAGUCCGAGAAUGUGUCCACCUCCGAGGUGGAGGAGCACGUUGGCGCUUCCGACCCCAACAUUGAGCAGGUUGUCUGCGUGGGUGUCAAGGUGCCCGAGCACGAGGGCCGAGCUGGUUUCGCCGUGGUGAAGCUCAAGGACGCUUCUGUCAAGCCCAACCUUGACCAGAUUGCCGAGUACUCGCUCAAGCAGCUGCCCAAGUACGCCGUGCCUCUGUUCAUCAAGUUUGUCGACGAGAUUGAGCGAACCGGCAACAACAAGGUGCAGAAGGUCAAGUACAAGAACCAGAAGAUGCCCCAUGAGGAAGGCGAGAGCCCCAUUUACUGGCUCAAGGGCAACAAGUACGUGGAGCUCGAUGCUGGAGACUGGGCUUCUCUGGGAUCCGGAAAGAUUAAGCUGUAA